GGCAAGGGACGGGAUGUAACAGACACUAGAAUACAUAUGUUUAUUGUUUACAUUUUAAUUUAAAAAAAAAAGUUCGCUACCUAGUGUUAUGUAGGUCCUGCUACUCCUCUCUGGUCGCUUAUCUGCUUGUAGAACGUGCUUGAAAGGUAUGUUUGUCCCUCUGCAGUACCCAUAGAAAAGUCACAUGACACGGUGUGUAGGGAAGGACUUUGAGCAGCAUACGCAGAGCUCUCAGUAUCCGGAACAGCAGAGAGAGGACCAUUGGCAUUUGCUUGUAAUAUUCAGCAAUUGCAAAAGGCCAUCCUCUCAAUCACAAGUUGUUUUCAGAGCACUUCGUGAAGCGUCUCAAUCCAGGACCCUUCCAUCUCCAUCUGCAAUUGGCUUUUAACUGCUUGUCUCUACUGUGGGCUGUUAUAUGGAUGAAAGGAUGGUUCGGACCAUACCUAACAUCGCUGAUUGAACAGCUCAAAAAUCGGUUAUUAAUGGCGUUAUAUCACAAUGAUCAGAUUCCGCAGGAGAACAUGUAUCACUUUAAGCAUUUUUGUAUUUUUGGUUUGUUUGAUUAUGGUGGGCCUGAAGCAAAUGAGGCCUGAAAAUGCUGCAUUUGGAAGUCCAUUUGGACUUGGCCUUUUUCCAGGGUUUCACAGAGAUUCAGCAUUUGAAAAAAUACCAGAUUCUGAAAAUUAUAUGAAAGAAAACACUGUUGCUGAGACAAACACUUUGUCUGCACCGAAAAAUAAAGUUUACCAGUCAGAUAUGGAAGAACUUCCACCUCCCAAUUAUGACCUUCAUAUUUUUUAUUAUACAUGGUUUGGAAAUCCACAGUUUGAUGGCAAAUAUAUCCACUGGAACCACCCACUUUUAAAACACUGGGAUGUUAAAAUUGCAAAUAGUUUUCCACUGGGUAAUCACAAUCCUCCUGAUGAUAUUGGUGCAAAUUUCUACCCAGAAUUAGGACCAUAUAGCUCCAGGGACCCAUCUGUAAUAGAUGCCCAUAUGAAGCAAAUACGAUCUUCUUCUAUAGGUGUCAUUUCAGUGUCAUGGUAUCCGCCAGGAAUGAGUGAUGACAAUGGUGAACCAACUGAUGACAUUAUUCCAACUAUUUUAGAUAAAGCUCAUAAUUAUGGGCUAAAGGUUACCUUUCAUAUUGAACCAUACAGGAAUCGAGAUGAUUACAGCUUGCACAACAAUGUUGUUUAUAUUAUUGACAAGUAUGGAAGUCAUCCGGCAUUUUACAAGUACAAGACUGAAAAUGGCAAAAAUUUGCCAAUGUUUUACAUUUAUGAUUCAUACAUAACAACUCCUGGGACUUGGGCUAAUCUUUUAACAUCAUCUGGAUCUCAGAGUAUCCGAAAUACCCCAUAUGAUGGAAUCUUUAUUGCUCUUCUUGUAGAGGAAAAACAUAAACAUGACAUUCUUAGAGGUGGCUUUGAUGGUUUAUAUACUUACUUUGCCACCAAUGGAUUUUCAUAUGGAUCAUCACAUCACCACUGGUCAAGUCUGAAAGAGUUUUGUGACACAAACAACCUAAUAUUUAUUCCUAGUGUUGGACCUGGUUACAUAGAUACCAGCAUUCGUCCUUGGAAUUUUCAGAAUACUAGAAAUCGAAUUAAUGGGAAGUAUUAUGAAACUGCUAUGAAUGCAGCUUUAUUAGUAAGGCCUAAAAUUAUUUCUAUUACAUCAUUUAAUGAAUGGCAUGAGGGAUCACAGAUUGAAGCAGCUGUUCCUAAGAAAACCGCUAAGAUAAAAUAUGAAGAUUACCUGCCACAUAAACCAAAUAUCUAUCUGGAACUUACACGCAAGUGGUCUGAGAAAUAUAUGAGGGAGAAGGAACAAUGGCUAGUUUAACAAAAAAAUGUAUACUUAAGACCAGUGCUGUCCAACUGGUGGCCCGCAACCCCCCUCUGUGUGGCCCCCCAC